UCGUUCGCAUUCGCGGCGGACGCAGCUCGGCCGGUAUCCCGCGCUCGCCAGCGCUCGUUGCCCAGCGCCUCAGCUCUCUUUCCACGACGCACGCCACGUAUCGGACGAGAGCCGCUCGGCGGCGUCGCGUCGAGAUGGAGUGGUCGAACGACCUGUCUUUGCAGCUGAUAGAGGCUUACCGCGAUCGGCCCGUUCUUUGGGACGUCAGCCACAACUAUUACAAGUUGGCCAACCGUCGCAACGAGGCUUGGGCUGAGAUCGCCAAGCUCUUCAACUGCGACGUCAUGGAGGUGAAGAAGAAGAUGAAUUCGCUACUGUCGUCCUUCCGCCGAGAACGACAGAAGGAGGGGCUGCGGCGCUCGGGCACCGGCCCGGAGGAGGUGUACCACUCCACGUGGUUCGCUUUCAACAGUCUCAAAUUCCUGUUUGACAGAUACCGGCCUCGCCGCCACAGGCACAACUUUGAGGAUGACGACGGUGACUACGAGGGAGAGGACUUCAUUACGGACGAGGAGCCGGACAUCCCGACGGACGUUCUGAAGAUGGAGUACAGCGAGGAUAGCCCGGUGGCGGGCGACGGCGCUGUGCUGGAGCGUUUCUCGGCGGACGGCGACAAGAAGCCGGCGCUGAAGCGCAAGCGCGGCUGGUCGGAGGAGACGCGGCUGGCGGACGCGUGCGGCCUGCUCAAGGCGGCGGUGACGGCGGGUGCAUUGGCGCGCGACGACUGCGCCGUCUACGGCGAGCACGUGGCCAACAAGCUGCGCGCGCUCGACCACCGAACGCGCGCCAUCGUGCAGCACGCCAUCAACAACGUGCUGUUCGAGGCGGACAUGGGCAAGUACAGCGAGGCGGGCGCGCCACACUUCCAGCCGGCGUACUACGAGUGCGCCACCCCCGCCGGCUUCCCGCCCGCCUGGGCGCCGCCCACGCCGCAGCCCCAGCAGGCCGCCGCCGCCGCGGUCGCCGCCGCCGCCAUGAUGUGCCCGCCGCCGCCCCCGCAGCAGGCGCCGGCCGGCGCGCAGGCGCACGCGUCGCCCACCGCCGCCUCUCAGCCCCCGCACCAGAGUCCACGAGCCUGAACCGCACCUCAGCCGCUGCCGUUCUCACUGGUGCGCGGCACUCCUGCCGAACUGUGUACCCUCUCUAGGUCCCGUUACACUUUAUAUUUCCGUUGUGUCAAAUUUAGGUGAAAUACGAGAGGAGUUGAAAAGUUCCCACUUUCAUCGGGAGAUGAAAAUUGUAACAGUGUGAUGAAAAUCUGCAAGUUGACAAUCUUACACGCUUUAUUUUCUGCUUACUUUCGCCGUUUCACAAAUGAACACAUUUUCACCUGGUUUAUUAUUACAUAUUAUCGCUCAUUCCAUGAAUCUAAAUCUUUCUUCAUAUUUCGGAAAAUAAAGUAAUUAGAAAGUGAAAGGUUUGGUAAUAUGAAGUACGUGGAACAUAAUUUGGUCAUACAUAGGCCUUUCACGUGCAGAUGCUUUGACAUGAAGAAUCGAGUACCACUCCAUAUCUUCUCGAGGAUUCACGUUUCUCGAGUGCAAGAAAUAUGUCAUUUCAUCCUCCCAUCUAUGCGGAAAGCUGUGUAGCUUUAACCCCAAGAUAACCAUUUCUAGCUUGAUCGAAACGCUUGCACGACUCUGAACUUUUGCUGGAGUGAUCCAUGUGACAGACCUAAACUUCUUGUCACAUGCUCCAUGUUAGUUAUCUCUGUUCUUAUAACAUAUCGAACAAGUAUUUAUUCACUCGUUUGCGCUUUGUGUUUUGUUAUGUGCUAGUACUCACAAAUCGCAAUUUCUCCAAGCCUACGCAUCUCUCAUCGCGUUAGACGGGCUUGCGAUUGUCUCGUUUAACGCUUUGACAUUCUUGGCCGUCUCAUCAUUCACUAGGAAUUUUCUGUACAUUUAGAAAAAAAAAAAAAUUGAAAAAUUAUUUUCCAUCACGUUGUAAAAUGUCGUACAAAACGUUUAAAGAAUUAAAACUACGACAAGAAAAUGAAUUCUUCAUAUGUGAAUAUGUCAAUUUUUACUCUCCUGUGGUAAACUGAACUUUCGAAUCUGUUUCAUUUCACUUCAUAUUCUUCCUGAAGAUGGAAAAUUCUGCUAUAAAUUUUGUGUUUAGGUCUUCUCGUUUCUCAUAUUUUUGGUGGACGGCUGGACUCCUUGUAACAUGCAUUCCCCCUGUAUCCAUGCUUAAACUCUCUUCGUGACAUUUUGUUUUUAUAGCGAUAUGUAACCCAAGAACACUAUGUGAGCCAAAUGCUCUGCUUUCUUCUGCCGCUAACAAGAAUUUCAUAUUCAAGAACAUCAUUUUCGUUCAGCAGUUUAAACGCUGUUAUGCGUUUAGUCCAUGUCCUUUUAGUAAUAUCAUAUUUUCAGUUAAGUAAUGUUGAAGGUGUACAUACCGAAUAUCGCAACCUCUGACAGGUUUGCGAAAGAGAAUAAGCUUGAAGAAUGUGUGUAAGAUUUUUUUUUUCCUGAUCCUCUGCAUCGUAGUAGUAUAACAUGAGUAAUUGAGUAAUUUAGCCAGCAGACCAACCUUUUUCAAACUUCACACUUAAAUUAUGUCCCGAUACAGAAGUCAUUUGCGUGCAGCGGUUCAUGGAGAACAUAUACGUAAUUUUGUUGGACCUCCUACGAAAUGUCUUUUGUUAUAAUACUUCCUACUUCGGAAUAUUUUGCACUUUGGGGCAGAUAUUUUUACGAAUACUUAUAUGAGAGUUUCUGUCCUUGAAAAUCUGAUAAAGUACUUUCUUCACUAUGUUUCUCAGGAAAUUAUGUGUGCUCAGUGUUGCUAUCAUCGUGAAACGACUGUCAUUCAUAGCAAUAACACAGGUCUCAGUGUAUUAUUUCUGUGCGUAAUUGACUGAACAUAUUACUUUGUAAAUGUACUAGCUAUAAAUGACUGGGUUCAAACCGUGUAAAUAAAACAACCGAAAAAUGUGUAAUAAAAGCACUACAAAAUAUAA